CGUAGUACGCAAGUGUCCGCACUCCGCAGCUCAAGGCCUGCCAGUGGACGGAAGCACACAGUGAGCGCAGAGCUUGUGUCUUCAACUGGAGAACAAGACGAAUACAACAUACUGCUGAGCUCAGUGUGAAGACGCCAGAGCUUUUCUAAACCUGCUCUGUGUCUUCUAAGAGGAUUUUUGAAGGGGAAGUUCUUCUUGAAUGCGUAAGACACAGUCAGAACGGUUUUCACCAUGAACAGGAAUAAGCGUGAGAAGGAAUACUACAGCAUAGAUGUAGGAGAUUCCACGUUCACCGUUUUGAAGCGCUAUCAGAAUUUAAGACCAAUCGGAUCUGGAGCACAAGGCAUCGUCUGCUCAGCGUACGACCAUGUCCUUGAACGAAAUGUUGCAAUUAAGAAACUUAGCCGACCCUUUCAGAACCAAACCCACGCCAAACGGGCCUACAGAGAACUGGUCCUGAUGAAAUGUGUCAACCACAAAAAUAUAAUUGGCUUGCUAAAUGUGUUCACGCCUCAGAAGACACUUGAAGAAUUCCAGGAUGUGUAUCUGGUGAUGGAGCUGAUGGAUGCUAACCUGUGCCAGGUCAUUCAGAUGGAGCUGGACCACGAGAGACUCUCAUACCUGCUUUAUCAGAUGCUCUGCGGCAUCAAACACCUACAUGCUGCUGGCAUCAUACACAGGGAUCUGAAACCCAGUAACAUAGUAGUGAAAUCAGACUGUACGCUGAAGAUCCUCGACUUUGGCCUGGCCCGGACAGCCGCCACCGGCCUCCUCAUGACUCCUUACGUGGUGACGCGCUACUACCGUGCUCCCGAGGUCAUUCUGGGCAUGGGUUACCAAGCCAAUGUGGAUAUUUGGGCUGUUGGCUGCAUUAUGGCAGAGAUGGUGCGGCACAAAAUCCUUUUUCCAGGGAGGGACUACAUCGACCAGUGGAACAAGGUGAUCGAGCAGCUGGGCACACCGUCUCAGGAGUUCAUGCUGAAGCUCAACCAGUCCGUGAGGACUUACGUAGAGAACCGGCCCCGCUAUGCUGGAUACAGCUUUGAGAAGCUCUUCCCAGACGUGCUCUUCCCUGCAGACUCCGACCACAACAAACUGAAAGCGAGUCAAGCGCGAGAGUUGUUAUCCAAAAUGCUGGUAAUAGAUGCGUCUAAACGAAUCUCGGUGGACGAGGCCCUCCAGCACCCCUACAUCAACGUGUGGUACGACCCGUCAGAAGUGGAAGCGCCGCCACCGGUGAUCACGGAUAAGCAGCUAGAUGAGAGAGAACACACAGUGGAAGAGUGGAAAGAGCUGAUAUAUAAGGAAGUGCAGGACUUGGAGGAACGAACGAAAAACGGGGUUAUCCGAGGACAGCCGGCCUCGCUAGGUGCAGCAAUGAGCAAUGACUCCCAUGAGCCCUCGACGUCCUCGUCCUCCACAAACGACGUCUCGUCCAUGUCCACCGACCCCACACUGACCUCGGACACAGACAGCAGUCAGGAGGCGCCCGCAGGACCGCUGGGCUGCUGCAGAUGACUAUCCUCCUCCUCCUCCUCCAUCCGCAUCCACCCGUCACGCCAGUCUGGAAACACGUCCUCCUUUCUUUCUCAAACUCACACGUUCUUUUGAAUUGACAAAGUGUGAGAACGGAGGUAAGAGUUUUUGAGGGCAUCUUCAAAGCUCUUAUACCAAACCAGCAUUUCUUUGAUUACUUUAGUUUUUUGCAUCUGAUUGAAGCUACUUCUACGGCAUCUUGCCAUUUGGAUGUGGAAUGAUUUGAGUUUACUUGUAAAGAUGAAUGGGGAAUAUAUUUUUGAGAUGUUUUUUUUUUUUUUGAGAGUCACUAGUUAGUGGAGGGUCGUUAAACGGCACAUCCAUUUCCUGGAUGAAUGAGUGUUUCCUCACUGUUACUGCUGUUUUGGAGUCAGUGGUGUAUAAAAUCGCAGUGUGUUCAGCGGCAGAGAUGGUUUUUAAUAUGACCUGUGUACGUAACCACGAUUUUAGAUGGACGUUUUAUUUGGUUGUCUUACAGAAACACUUUUUAAAGUGCUUUUAGGGUCUGUAAGCUACUCUUUUCGCUUUCUAAUGUCAUUGCACGACUGACUUCACAUAGUAUUCUCUCUGUAAAAACACGUUUGGCUUUUCAAAUGUCACCGUAGGUAAUCUAGUCUGUACAUAUUUCAACUUGAAACACAGUAACCCACAGCUUUCAUUACACUUCAACACUGUACAGCCUGAUGUAAAGGUCUUGUUUGAACGUUUCAUUAUAUGAUAUGAAACUGAAAUUGGGUAUUUGGCCCAUGCAUACGAAGCGCUUUUGAUUUCAAGGGCCCUGUUUAGGUCGAUCGGAUCACGAGUAGACGAGGGAUUCACACCUGGUGUUUUAAUCCAUCUCUUCUGUCCACUUUUGACCACUUCUGUUCUUUUGAGGGGAGGGCUUUUUCUGAUUUUUUUUUAUCUAAUAUUGUGAAAUAAGCUUGUGCAAUUUACAUAUGAGCCAAACGCCGUUUUUUCCCCAAAGCUAUAUUUAAAACGUUUGCUGCAUGGAUAAAAAAAAAAAAAAUUCUGCUACAUAUAUCAAUCAAAAUUUUGCUGGGAGAAGAAAAAAACAAACAAACA